CUCCUCCUCCUCUCCUCCUCCUCCUCAGAUGAUGAGAAGCUGCCGAGCGCGCUGCACUCCGCCGUGCGUUUGUUUCCCCUCUCAGCCACAAAGUGCCCAAAGCACCGAUCCGUUCCGAGCCAAGACGAGCCACAACCGCCACCCCCCCACCUCCUGCAACACCUCCACCACCACCACCUCCACCGCCCCACCCUCGCUUCACCGUCUCCGACCGCCGUCCCGUGGCAAUGGAGCCGUAAGCAGCGCGCUUUAACAGAGCAGAGAGCCGAGCGGCAUGGAGGAGCAGCGCGGGGAGGCUGGAGUCUAGACUGCACGCAAACCAACGCGCUCACGUCCGGAUUACUUUUCAACACAUCUGCGUUCAGCUCCGUUCUCAGCUGCAGCGCGGGGAGCAACUCUGUUUUUCCUUCAUCAUCUGAGGCCAUCACUGCACAGCGAGGAUGCAGGGGAAGGAGGCGAGCCUGCGCACGGGAUGCUGGAGACUAACGCUGCUGUCGUGCGUCCUGGCUCUGCACUUGAUCCCGCUGUCUGUCCACGGAAACAUAGUCGGGACCAAUGCCACUGAGCCGGACAGCGCCGCCAACGUUACCGCCCUGCUUAACGAGGAGGAAGGUCCAGUCAAGGUCAGCGAGAUGAGCGUCUCAACCAUCUCAACCACCGUGACCCCGAGGGCGGGCCGGAUCCCCCGCGCUGGCGAGGAAGAGGAGCAGAGCAGCGGCAUGUUCGUCGAAGCGGUGGUUCCUGCGGUGGAGGAAGUCGGCGUGGCAGCCCCGCCCCAGCUCAGCCCUGAUUCGGCGGAGACGGAGCACCUGCUGCCUAGCAACCCACGUGGACCGGAAGUCAUGGAAGGUGAGGAGGAGGAGGAGGAGGAGGAGGAGCGUCUGCCACACACCGAGCCACCUUGGAUUCACACCAAGGACACAGCCAUGUUUGACCUCGAUCACCUUUUCACCACCACCGCCCCACCCUCAGUCGCCACCAACCCUUCUAACCCCGACGUUCUCCAUGUGGACUUCUUCGAUCCUUCCUCUCGUGGGCGCAGCCUCGACCUGGCCCCACCCUCUCCUUCAUCGCUGGCCCAUGAGCUGCAAGGCGGUGACCCGACCUCCUGGGCGAUGCCAGACAACUACGACUACCUCACACCUUACGAGGACGGCGUGUCCCCAACUACUGAUGAGUACACCUACAGCACCACGACCGGCGCCUAUGAGAGCGAUGAAGACCUCCGGCUCUCCGCUGGCUCUCCGGCUCGCCCCAAGCCCCGGGUCCCGGUGUCCGGCUCCUUCGUCCCUGGGGCAGCGCUUCCUGGUGCGGGAGCUCCGGUGCCAAACGUCCCUGUGGCGGCUCCUCCAGCGGCCUCUCCAGUGGACGGGUCAGACGGGAUGGGUGGAUGUCGCGUGGGCUACCAGAUGGUGAACGGAAGUUGCCGCUCGCCCUGUGACAUGCUGCCCAACUACUGCUUCAACGGGGGACAGUGCUACCUGCUGGAGGGCAUGGGAGUCUUCUGCAGAUGUAACGUCCAGGAUUACAUCUGGCACAAGGGCGCUCGCUGCGAGUCGGUGGUGACCGAGUUCCAGGUGAUGUGCCUGGCCGUGGGCGCCUCGGCUCUGGUGGUCCUGCUGCUCUUCAUGAUCAUUGUGUGCUUCGCCAAGAAGCUCCACGUGCUCAAGACGGAGAACAAGAAGCUGCGCAAACGCAGCAGUAAGUACCGGCCUACAUCGGAGCAGCACAAUGAUAAUUUCUCGCUGUCCACCAUCGCUGAGGGCUCCCACCCAAAUAAAACCAUGAGCAGAUACACCUGGGAGUGUAAGACCAAAGAAGAGUCCGACUGUGAGUUUCACGCUGACGGGAGGACAGAAGGCCCCUAUCCCAUAACCAUGGAAGUGACGUAUCCACACGUCCUGCCUGAAGUUACUAUCUAAGCCAGCAGCCAGCGGGUAAAUGCUCUCACUGCUCUUCCUUUCUAAAAGGCAUUGAAUUCAAACACAAACAUUCAAUUAGGGUGUGUUUUUGUAAAUGGCACAGGCCUCGGGGUCUGGAGUUUGAUGGUGUGUUUGUCUGUAAGUGUGUGUGCGUGUGUGAUGGACGCCCCGGGAUGCAGCAUGGUCGAUGAUGCCAUGCAAUAUUAAUGGGGGAUAAGAGGCUGGAAAAACAGAGCCAAAAUGGACUCCGCAAUCAAUUUUGUUCCCUCUGACCUUAAUUAAAUUCAGAUGAAUUAAAUUGAAACCUCUUAAAACACGUUUUGCUUUUUUCCCCUCAGUGACUGCUUGGGUAUGUAUGACGGUGGUACUCACAGAUAGAAGACCAAGGGUGGAGAUUAUAUAUUUCUUUUUGUUUUGUUUCGGAUGGAGGAGGAGGAGGAGCUGAGGCGUUCUGCAUGAGCGAUCUUUACAGUACGUCGGGCGGAGGGGGGGGUUUGCAUGUGGAUGUGCAUGUGCUUCCUGGGUUGCCUGAAAAGAGGUGGUUGGAGGUUGGAGGGGGGUACAGGGUGGGGUUGAUGGCGCUCAUGCAGUUCACCUCACUGUCUCCUCGACUAAACACAACAUGCCCAGCCGAGCGUGAUGAUUAUCAACCGCUGAGAUGGCUGCUACUCAAAGUAAUGACACGAUAUCUGCAAUUUGGUUUGGUUGAAUAUUUUAUGGUGUUUUGCCGGCAGUCUCUAAAGAAUCAUACCAGUGCUUCUGUUUUUUUUUUCAGAUUUCGGGUCCUUGUCUUACAAAUCAGAUAUACUGCAAACAAUUGGUUUCUGUUGAUUUCUGUGCAGUUUGAAAAUGUAUUAGUUGACUGACGACGCUUGCUUCGUACUGUAGAUGCGGGACAGUUAGCACUGCAAGAAGGUUCUGGGUUCAAGGAACUGCAUUUUUGGCACUUCCGCUUUGGCUUCACUUCACAGCCACAGAGAUUGCCGCUUGGUGGCAUCCGGGGUUGUACCCUUGCGUGUGUCAAGCUGGUUUCAAAAGUCGAGUCGGAGUAUUUAUUUUCACGCUGCACAGAAACCAACCUGGAAUAAUUGGCAAAAAAACUUCUGAACGAGUGUUCAGAAAAGGAUAGCAGAAAUGUAAAGUACAGAUUUGUGGUCUGGGACCUGAAACACACUGGUGUGGUUCUUUUAAAGCAUGAAGAUGAAAGAGAGAA